GUGUGUAGUAUGUACUUCUUCAUGAAUAUAAAUCUCUAUUAUAAUAAUUUUACUAGAGAAUCGCUCGUCAAACUUCUGGGAUACAACUUCCAAACAUAACAUUACCGCUGCUUUCGUCUGACGAAAUAAAUCGCAUAUUAUUCAAAUUUUAAUCCACAUGAUAAAUAAAUGGGUAUUUAGCUGAUAUGUGCAGAUCUUAUUGUUCGGGAUUCUCCUACUUUUCCCGAUAUACUACAGAGCGUAUUUUUAGACGCAAACAAGGCAUUUGUUACUCUGCAUAUAUUAAUAUCCUGAUAUUCUCCCCUUUUAUAAGCAAUAGAGUUGUACAAUGUGACUGCUAUGAUCGUAGUAACCUGAUUAAACAUCAAUCGAGUGCUACGCAAAGGACUGGUCUAUACAUCGAAUCCUGUAAAUGGUUUAAAAACUGCUUUUUAUCGAAACUAGCAUACACUGAAGAAAACAAGACGGUUGAAAGUUGUUGCUCCACCUCUGAAAAGGAAUGUAUUUUGACGGAAGCUGCGGAGAAGAAGAUUAAGGAAGAAAUCAAAACUUAUACUGUCGUACUGUUUAUGAAGGGAAAUGCCAAACAACCGCAGUGCAAGUUUAGCAGACAAGCUCUGGAAAUCCUAAAGGCAACAAAAGUUCAAGUAAUACGCACAGUAAAUGUUUUGGAAGACAAUGAGCUGCGCGAAGGCCUCAAAAAAUAUUCAAACUACCCAAAUUUCCCUCAGCUCUACGUAAGAGGGAAAUUCGUCGGAGGGUUGCAAGCAAUUUCAGAAAUGUUUGAAAAGGGUACGCUGCAGGAGCUUUUCAGGGAUAAUGAAACGUAG